GGAACACUGCCUGGCCAUCCCCGCCUCUUGGAGCAUCAGAGCCGUAUAUACGCGCGGCUCGACAGGCUCCAGGGCGAGGUGGUCCUGGGACUCGCGCGGCUAGACCGGGGCUACAUCCUCCCUGGCGGGGCCAGGGUCUUCCACAUGGUACUGAUGUCGUGGGGUGGG